AUGGAUACCGCCACCACCAUCCCCACUGUCGUGGCCCCCGUCAGCGCGGUACGGGCCUCCACAGAUGAAAAAGGGCUCGACGAGAAGUCUUCGCCUAGUGCUUCGCAGCGAGGCGUCGACGAAGAUGGCCGUGAGACGUUCCACGGUCUUGUCCUCCCGACGGAGGAGGAGAAGUCGACUCUAAGGCGCGUCGCCGGAAAGAUGCCGGCAACUUGCUACUACCUAUGCGCCGUCGAAUUCGCAGAGCGUGCUUCCUACUACGGAUGCAACCAAGUCUACAAGAAUUUCAUUCGAGCCCCUUUGCCAGCGGACGGUAACGGCACCGGAGCCACGGCGCCGGGAAGUGAGCUUACCGCGGGAGCUCUUGGAAAAGGCUCUGUCGUAGCAACUGCCAUGACGGAAGCAUUCAAGUUUUUGGCUUACGCGCUGCCCAUCUACUUCGGCUGGCUCGCGGACACAAAAUAUGGUCGUUUCAAGAUGAUCUGCUGGGGUGUUGGCAUCUGUGGCGUAGCUCAUAUUAUCAUGAUCAUCUCCGCGCUCCCGCCUGAUAUGUUAUCUAUCGGUGCCGCCCAAUUCAAGCCGAAUAUUUCACCCACCGUCAUCGACCAGAGCCCCCACAAGGUCGCCCACGUUAUCACCGAAAAGAGCGGCGAGAAAGUCAUCGUAGACCCUGAAGAGUCGAAACGGAAUUCAAAAAUACUAACACAACAUCUCAAAACACCAGACUUGCUCAUUAACAUCGGCGCCUGCUUCGGUAUCCCAACAACAUACCUAGCCAAGCUCGUGGGUUACUGGGCCGCUUACCUGAUCCCCACAAUCCUAUACCUCUUGCUCCCGCCCUUACUAUGGUACCUCAACCCCCGCCUCGUCAAGCAACCCCCCGGAGGUUCCGACCUAGGCAAUGUAUUCAAAGUCCUAGGCGACAUCUUCGCCAACGGCGGUCUAAAGCGCAUCGGUCGGACCGGUUUCUGGGAGGCUGGCAAGCCGAGCGUACGCAAGGCCGCUGGCAGCACAAAGGUCUACACGUACGACGACAACUUCGUCAACGACGUGCGGAGAACCUUCCAGGCCUGCGGCAUCUUCCUCUUCUCGCCUAUCUGGCAGAUCAACGAUGGCGGUCUUGGCGCUGCUGCGAAUGCGCUUACUGCUGGCAUGGAUACGAAUGGUCUUCCUAACGAUCUUUUGGAUAACUUGAACUCCGUCUCGAUCGUCAUAAUGGUCCCCUUCAUGAACCACGUCAUCUACCCGCUCCUCCGAAGACGAGGCAUCAAAUGGGGUCCUAUCUCCCGAAUGACCUUCGGCUUCGCGCUCGGCACUGUCGGUUCCAUCGGGUACUCCGUUCUGCAAUACUUCGUGUACAAGACAUCGCCUUGCGGCUGGAACGCCACCACUUGCGCCCAAAUCGUGCCCGAGGGCGAAGUCUCCGUCUCCACGGUAUCGUACGCCUGGUACGCCAUCCCCGUCAUCAUCACCGCCAUCUCAGAAAUUUUCGUCAACGUCACUGCGUACGGCAUCGCGUACUCCCGAGCCCCCAAGAACAUGAAGGGUCUCGUCGCAUCGCUUAACCUUGCCAUGACCGCCGUUUCCGCCGCCAUCGGUCUCGCCACCGCCCCGGCCAUCAGCGACCCGUAUCUCAUCUGGGCUUUCGCCGGUCCUACCAUCGUCGGCGCCUCGCUCACCGUCAUCUUCUGGUUCACGUUCAGACAUAUCGAUAAGGAGGAAUUCGUCCUAAACACUGACUUUGGCGAUAUGAAGAAAGACUCGGACCGUGAAAGCGAUGAGGAGACGGCCCCUAAACCGAAGACGAUCGAUGAGAAGUCUUGA